AUGUCGACAAUUAAUUUGCAUCCACCACAAACCUAUUCGCGGCUCUUCCGUCCCUGGGAUACACAUCGCAAUACGCCAGCGCCCGUAAGUUGUGCCAGCGAAAAUGCCAGCAGACCCGUGAAACGUGAACCUACAACCUCAUCUAUGGCGACGACGAUAGGAGUGGGUAUGACGACUGGAACAACGACAAUCAAAACGGAACGGCCAGCCAGCAGCUAUGGCAGCAACCAUCAUGGCCCUGACAGUGAUCGUGAAUGCGCCUCCUCAUCGUCCUCCUCCUCCUCCUCCUCGUCGAGCAGCAUCAGCAGUAAGAGUAGCAGCUAUGAGGAUGGCUUGAAUAAUAGCAGCUAUACAAGAACUUCGACCCCCCUGCUGGACGUCACACAAACGCCCCAGCUGCCUGAAUCGCCUGUCUUUGCCACCACCUCCUCGGCCUUGCCUCCGCAACAGAUGUCCCCACAUCAGCAGGUGUCGCCCUACAUGUCCGGUGCAUCAGAUCUUUACUAUGCUGCCGCUGCGGCUGCAGCCGCCGCCAGUUCUCCAAACGCUGCUGCUGCUGCUGCGGCUGCAUUUGGCAUGGAUCCCUUCACCUUGGGUCUGAUGGAGCAGGAGUAUGCACGUGUCAUGGCCGAGGACGCGCAGCUGAAAGCGCUAAAUGCACGCAAGCAGCGACCAAAGAAAUUCAAAUGCCCGCACUGUGAUGUCGCCUUCUCCAAUAAUGGCCAACUCAAGGGCCACAUACGCAUCCAUACCGGCGAGCGCCCUUUCAAGUGCGACGUGGACACCUGCGGCAAAACCUUCACACGCAAUGAGGAGCUGACACGUCAUAAGCGCAUACACACUGGACUGCGUCCGUAUCCUUGCAACGCCUGCGGCAAAAAGUUCGGACGUCGCGAUCAUCUCAAGAAACAUAUGAAGACGCACAUGCCGCAGGAACGCCAGCUGGGACCGGCAAUCUUUGUGCCCAUGUAUCCGUAUCUGUAUGGCUAUUAA